CGCACGCUCAGCUCAGUUCUGUCCUCCGUCGGCGCACUUUACACUUGGGCGUGCCCUCGACUUUUGCUGCGGUGAAUCUACCUAGUGCCCACUAUCACCCCUUGCACUUGACGACUGUCCCGAGAGUAACACUUCACGACCUCGCAUCUCACCCCAUGGCGGCCUACUUCUUCGCGUCCCCGGUUGAUGUUGAUAUCCGACUGGAGGGUGAAGAUGACAGGAAAAAGGUGGACAUUAAAGGGGAGAAGGAGAAGUUGAUAUCUUGUCCAGUAUACUAUGAUGGCGAAUCUGUCUCCGGUCAGGUGACGGUACGCGUACGAGACGGGAAGAAGCUUGCGCAUGAGGGAAUCAAGGUUGAGUUCGUGGGUAGUAUUGAGCUCUUCUACGACCGCGGUCAUCACCAUGAAUUCCUAUCAUUAUCACAAGAGCUUGCGGCACCAGGAGAGAUGCGGCAGGCUCAGACUUUCGAUUUCCUCUUCAAGAACGUCGAGAAGCAGUUCGAGAGCUACCAGGGCAUCAAUGUCAAGUUGAGGUACUUCAUCAAGGUGACCAUUUCAAGGAGAAUAGCGGACGUCACGAAGGAGAAGGACCUCUGGGUACACUCAUACCGCAUGCCGCCAGACAGUAAUAACUCCAUCAAGAUGGAGGUUGGUAUCGAGGAUUGUCUGCACAUUGAGUUCGAGUACAACAAAUCAAAAUAUCAUUUGAAGGACGUCAUUGUCGGGAAGAUCUACUUCCUCCUCGUGCGUAUCAAGAUCAAGCACAUGGAGCUGUCCAUUAUCCGUCGCGAAACGACCGGCUCGCCACCAAACCAGUACAACGAGAGCGAAACGAUCACCAAGUUCGAGAUCAUGGACGGUGCCCCCGUUCGAGGCGAGACGAUCCCGAUACGACUGUUCCUAGGGGGCUUCGAUCUCACGCCGACGUUCCGCGACGUAAACAAGAAGUUCAGCACGCGAUAUUACCUCAACCUCGUCCUCAUCGACGAGGAGAACCGGCGGUACUUCAAGCAACAGGAGAUCACGAUCUUCCGGAUACCAGAAAACUGAUUUGGACCAUGUACUAUAAUGUCGAUUGUUUAUUCCUUGGAUUUAUGACAUGCGGGCUGUGCUCCGAGUCCCCCAUUUGCG